AUGCCAGACACUAACCGUAGUGCCUCACAGACUGUCGGGGCAAUAUAUGAAGGAGACGGGAACUGGGUGCUGGAGCAGGGCUGCGGACAUGGUUUGGGCCAGACCAGUACCAUACCGCCGGGAUUCUUGCCCCCGUCCACGAUCUGUAAUAUGGAUUAUCCAUUUGAUUCACAGCACACCUUUACCCACUGCUGCUACAAAGUAUCUGUCAGUGAAUAUCGCUGCUACUGCCUCAAUGAAGAUACUACGGCAGACCAGAUCACAUCCACAUACGCAUGCAAUUUCCGUGGAUUGUACAUUAAUUUCCUGCAACUGGCCAUCUACAAAUUAUAUCAGGAUCGACCAAUCGGACAGUGGUCCAACGACCACCAUAACGAGCACCAUAACGAGCACAACAACGAGCAGCACAACGAGCAGUACGGCGAGUACUACGACGUGCAUCGCAAAGAGCACCACAACGAGCACUACGACGACCACAACGAUGAAACCAUUAACCACAACUAUAACAACUACUACUGCGAUGGAAACCAGCACGAUCACCACCGAACCAACGACAACCACCACGGCACGUUCACUACAUCCACAAUAACGCCUCCGACGACAAGCAAAGCAUCAAUCAUGCCCUCCAGCACCAGGGCCGAACCAACGACAACCUCUACAACACCAACCACAAUCGCCAUGCCCACCAUAGUGGUCACGUCAACAACCGCGGCGACUUCUACAGCGACGUUAACGCCAGAUACACCCGAAACAUUACCCGAGGCGCCUGAAUAUCAAGUCCGAGACGCUGAUUCAGCCAAGGCGCCCACAUACGUGCGAUACAGUCUGCAUACGAAUGGCACGACUAAAGUACCAGGUUGCAUUACCCCGGCGCUGUCAAUUGGUAUCUCCGUGGGCACUACGCUGUUCGUUGUCGCCGUGAUUGCCUUAACACACUGGUGCUAUAAAAAAAGUUAAGAUAACGACACUCGCAGCCGGAUGGAGAUGCCGUGCACAUCAACGUUGUGGGCGUUUACCGGCCGCUGCCAAAAUGGAACUUGAUUACGUGGUCAACGUCACCAGGGAGGCAAAAGCGUAUGCGCAGCCAGGAGGAAAUUGUUGGUUUUACCUAUGUUAUGCAUAUUUCUUAUUGUGUGUUUAUAUUUAUUUUCUCGUUUACUUCCUUACAGAUACGUGUAAAAUUUUAUUUGCAGUUAUUUCUUUCUCUAAUGCCGUAUUUGAUAUUGUGAAGUGUGGACAGAUUUUAUUUGUCAGAAAUAACAAUCCUGUUUCCUU